AUGCUUGUCGGAGUGAGCGGUACAAAGUUUUGUGGGUGCGAAGACGUGAUUAAGAUAUUAGCCAAUAAUUUUGAUUUUGAAUUACUCAAUCAUCGUGACAAUCCUGAUGAUAUUUUAGACUAUGCGACCAAAAAUUACACAAGAAACUUGGUCGUGCCUCUAGAAACAUUAUCAUUACUGGAGAAACUGGAGAAACGGCCUUUUUUUGUUCACCUUUCCAUCGAUGCUUCGAUCACUACAAGAGUUAAAUUAUACAGGACACUGAAUAAAGUGGAAAAUUUGUCACUGGAGCAAAUAGUUCAAGCCAUUGACGAACAUGAUUUUCAAGCUGAUGGUAUCAAGUUAAGGGAGAGAUCGCAUUUGAAGUUUAAAAUAGUCAAUAAAGACCGUGACCAAAUUAAGCAAAACUUAAUUGAUAGUAUUACCAUCCAAUUUAAGAUUCUUAAUAACGGCAAACAAGCAAAUACAGAAAUGGUCCCACCAAUGAGACCUAGUUGGGAUAGCUAUUUCAUGAAGCUGGCCACAUUAGCGGCAUCUCGUUCUAAUUGCAUGAAGCGUAGAGUCGGUUGUGUAAUCGUAAGGGAGUGCAGAGUUAUUGCCACUGGUUAUAAUGGGACGCCCCGUCAUUUGACAAAUUGUUUCAACGGGGGUUGUCCACGUUGCAAUGAUGGUGACUCCAAAAACUUACACACUUGUCUCUGUCUACAUGCAGAAGAAAAUGCGUUACUAGAAGCCGGUARGGACCGUGUAGGUCAAAAUGCGACUUUAUAUUGUGAUACUUGUCCCUGCCUAACAUGCUCCGUAAAGAUCGUUCAGACAGGAAUCAGCGAAGUGGUUUAUAGCCAAACAUACAGAAUGGACGAAGAAAGCUUCAAAGUCUUGAGAAAUGCAGGAAUCACUGUUCGACAAUUUAGUUUCAUGGAAGAACCAAGGAUAGUGAUGGUUUGA